CUCCGGCGGCGGCUCGGACAUUCCGGCACUAGGCAGAGCGCGAAGGCAGGAGUCGCCCUACGGCUGCCGGUGUUGUGUGGAGACGUGACUGGGAGAGAAUCUGGGGGAAGGCGAGAGGAGGAGGAGGAGGAGGAAGGAAGGAAGGAGGAGCGGCGGGGUUUCUAGCUCGCCGCCGCUCGGGAGAAAGAGGAACAGGGAGACGGAGAAGGCGCCAGGGAGUAUUUGCCUCGCCUGGCGCACAGGUGCAAGCGGCCGCCGGAGAAGGAGCGCCUCGCCGCUGGCGCCGCCUGGCCGAAGGGGGAUAUAGUGCCUGCCUGCCUGGACUCCGCCGCUUCUGUGGGGAGCGUCGCUUCACCUGCGAGCGAGUGAGCCAGCCAGCCAGCCAGCGCGCGGCGCGUCCCGCGUCAGCCAGGUCUAGCAGCAGUGGAGACAAUGAUUCAAAGAAAGCAACCUAUUCUACCACCUUGACAAAUCUGUUCCUUUCUGAACAUUGUUUUGAACUUUGGAUGGUCUCUUGCAACAGCUAUGCUUCCCUGACUUUUUGGCAGAAUUCUGCAAUUUGGAUGGAUUCCCCAGCAAAAAAAUGUUAAUUUCACACUCAUAUGGCCUUUUCUUCUAUGAUGCCUUCAUGCUUAUACAAGACCAGCUUUCCAAAAGGGAGGGCUAGUACUUGAUGCAGUUCCUUUUGGUGUUACCAUCUAGACCACAACUGUCACAGAACAAGGCCUGCUUGACUGACUGACUGAAUGCCUAAGGAAACAUUCUUAUGGACUUUUAUCUCAUCCGGAACUCACCGGAACUCGGUUCCGGCACCUCUCAGGAUUUUCGGGAUGUUCUUUUCGGAAGAAAGUUCAGAAGCUGGAGAAAGAUCCUCCCCGUGAUCCAUGGCUUGAAAGAAAAUGUCUGGGACCAUCGCCAGUCGCUCCAAUCUCCUGCCUCUUGCACUCUGCUGAACUCUACAUUGGUGCCAUGUUCUGUGGUACAACGUUAUGGUAUGGAAUGUGUCAUGAGGUGUUCAUCACUUGGAUUAGUUGCCACGCUUCUGCCUCUGUCAAAGAGAAGUGCAGAGGCCUAAGGUGGAUACAACAGGAUUGACUGACUGACUACAGCACCCUGGACUUAUUCUCAAAGAAUAUGUCAGAACGUCACAAUGGUCCCAUCUAGCAACAGUACAAUCUCUUCCUUGGUUUCUGUGAGUGCUGUCUGGAUUCAAGACUCCCAAACAACAGGCCUCCCAAGUGAUGCAUCCUCGUUCACUAGCAGCCAUGGCCUCUCCCAAACCAACGAGAGCUUCUCUUUCACCACUAUGGAAAUGACCAAUGGAUCACAAGUUCCUGAUGAUCCUCUGGGUGGCCACACCGUUUGGCAAGUUGUCUUGAUCGCUUUACUCACUGGCUUCUUGGCCCUUGUGACCAUCAUAGGAAACAUCCUCGUGAUUGUGGCUUUUAAAGUCAACAAACAGCUAAAAACUGUUAACAAUUACUUCUUGCUGAGCCUUGCUUGUGCAGAUUUGAUCAUUGGCAUUAUUUCCAUGAACCUGUUCACUACAUAUAUCAUCAUGGGCCGCUGGGCUUUGGGAAACCUGGCCUGUGACCUGUGGCUCUCCAUCGACUAUGUAGCUAGCAACGCCUCAGUUAUGAAUCUGCUGGUCAUAAGCUUUGACAGAUAUUUUUCCAUCACUAGGCCACUUACCUACAGAGCAAAACGAACAACCAGAAGAGCUGGGGUGAUGAUUGGCUUGGCUUGGGUCAUCUCCUUUGUCCUUUGGGCCCCUGCUAUUCUGUUCUGGCAAUAUUUUGUUGGGGAGCGAACUGUUGGUGAAGGUGAAUGUUACAUCCAGUUCCUGACUGAGCCUAUCAUCACUUUUGGCACCGCAAUAGCUGCCUUUUAUUUGCCCGUCACCAUUAUGAGUAUUUUGUACUGGAGGAUAUACAAGGAGACAGAGAAGCGUACCAAAGAGUUAGCAGGACUCCAGGCCUCUGGCAGCGAAGCUGAGGCAGCACGCUUUGUCAACCAGACAGGCAGCUCUAGAAGCUGCAGCAGCUAUGAGCUGCAGCAGCAUAAUACAAAGCGCUCAAAGAGAAGAAAAUACGGCGGCUGCCACUUCUGGAUGACAUCCAAGAGCUGGAAGCCAAGCCCAGAUCAGGUUGAUCAGGAGCACAGCAGCAGUGACAGCUGGAACAACAACGAUGGCAACGCAUCUCUUGAGAACUCUGCUUCGUCGGACGAAGACGACAUUGCCUCUGAGACCAGGGCCAUCUAUUCCAUUGUACUGAAGCUUCCAGGACAUAACACUAUCCUAAACUCUACAAAGCAACCCUCAUCAGAAGACCUGCAGGGGUCAGAGGGUGAAUUGUCGAAGAUGGACACAGAUUCAAAAGACAAGAAGCCUAAAAACCUUCAUCCACAAAAGUGUUUAGAAGAUGGAAACUUGCAGAAGAGCUUUCCUAAACUUCCUGUUCAACCAGGAUCAGCAACACACACAGGAAAGGCUACUGAUGGCAUUUCAACAGGACCUAAGGCACCUGCUGCCCUGCCUUUGUCAUUCAAGGAAGCUACCCUGGCCAAGAAGUUUGCCUUGAAGACAAGAAGUCAGAUCUCCAAGCGGAAACGAAUGUCACUCAUCAAAGAAAAGAAAGCUGCACAGACACUCAGUGCCAUUUUGUUUGCCUUCAUUAUCACAUGGACCCCAUACAACAUCAUGGUCUUGGUAAACACCUUUUGUAAUAAAUGUAUUCCCCAAACCUUUUGGAACCUGGGGUAUUGGCUUUGCUACAUCAAUAGCACAGUGAACCCUAUGUGCUAUGCACUCUGUAACAAAACAUUCAGAACCACUUUUAAGAUGUUACUGCUAUGUCAAUGUGACAAACGUAAACGACGUAAGCAACAGUACCAGCAGAGACAGUCCGUCAUUUUUCAUAAGCGGAUUCCGCGGGAAGCUUCAUAAAAUAGUAUGUUUUAACAAUGGAUAAACAUAUUAAAGGGAUUGCAAAAAAUGGGAGGGAGGGUGGUUGCUGGAGCCAGCUACAAAUAUUUCAUCUUCACGAUGAGAAAGGAUCAGCUGGUGUAUGCAUCUAUCCUUUUAAUACUUCCUGGUUAAUGUAAUGGUUUAUACCGCAUUAAGCAAAAGCAAACUAAUUGCAGAGGUUGUUGGUUUUUUUUUUUACUAAGGAACAAUCAAACAUCUGAAAGUUUUGCUACAAAAUCCCAAGGAGUUGCAGUGCAAUUAUGAAAGCUAUUGGUGAUCUGCCCAAUUAUUCAAAUGUAAAUCCAUUCUGGGAUCUCAGGUGAGCACAUGCAGCUAGCCCAUUCCUAAGGAGUAAAGUAGGUUUUAGCUGAAGUAACUAGUUGGAUGUGCAUUAUAUAUGUGUGCAUUCUAAGCUUAGGCUGCACCAAACCUCUUAGAGCUUCCCUUCCUCACCUCUUUUGGAUGUAAUGACAAUUCUUGUGGGCCAAGUUAUUAAAGAAUCUGCAGAGGAGGAACCAAGGCACUCAGAGCCUGCCAUCUGUUUACCAGGAAAUAGGAUGCCUGUCUUUUGAGGCACUGCUUAUCAUGAUUGUCAGAUGCGAGUAGCACAAAGGGGCCUUGAAAACCAUUUUUCAGCUUAUAUUUAUGUUUUCUAAUUUAUUCUGAAAUUUUGGCUUUUCCUUAAAGUGGCGAACCCCUCACAAUAAAUGCGCACCACAGUGAAGAACACCAGAAGGCCCCUGUUUUAUGAUUGUUAUAGAUGCAGUUUCAAUUAUGUUUGUGCCUCGUCCUGGAAUUGCUUUGCGAUGAAGGGCGGGUUAGAAAUAUUUUUAAAUAAACAAAUAAAUAAAUAAAUAAGGGCACUUACUAUAUCCACACAUUUUUACAGCGGAAAUGAAUAUCUUGUAUAUUUUUUCAUAUAGAGAUGUACCUUGAAGAGCUCACAGUCUCUCAACUGGAGAUGUGAGGCCACAAGCAGAUGAGAGAAUCCUCACUAAUAUUUACUUUAACAGAGAACACAAAAUACUGGGAGCUGCAGUCUUUACAGGAUGUACUUCUGCAUCAAACGUGAACGUCAGAUGGACUUUUGGUCUGGUUCUCACACUUCAAUUAUGCCAGUACAAAUCGGAUAGGGCCCAGUGUGGCUCUGGGAGUCUCCAGGUUGCUUAGAAGUUGACCAUGACUUCUGUGCAGAUUAGGGAAGUCCCGCCCACUCUGCUGGUUUGAGGGUGGGCAAGAGGGGACAAGAAGGAGGUCUGAGAGCAGCACCAGGAAGAAAGCAUGUGAUUAUUUCAGUGCAUUUAUUCAAGGGUUUGAAGAAGUCAAAAGUCUAUGUAAUAAGCACAUCACUUCUCUCAGGCAGGCUCCUAAAUCAGACUGCACCAGGAGAUUCUCAGAACGAGUGUCUGUCUCUAUUUUCUGCACAUUUAGAAAGUGUUUUUAGAAAUGGGGGAAAAUAAUUAUGUAUUUAAAGAAACUGACUUGGCACUUUCCAAAAUGCUUGUCAAUCUUGAAAGCUUCUGUUGUUGUUACCGUUGCUGUUGUUGUUGUUGUUACAACUAGUAGUGGAAAAUUCAAGUUUGUGCAGUACAAUGUCCCAAAUUAAUGUAAGUAGUCUGCUAUUUUAAAUAGCUAAGCACCUUCUGAGAAAGACAAAAAAGGGCUUUUAAUAUUUAUAGUUGAGAUGUGAGCAGUGAUGGCUCCUGGUAUUUAUAAUGUGGUCAGUUCCUGAGAUCUUGGACACAACCCACCGUCCUCUUACGCAACUCCCAUUCACUCAGUGAUGAUUGCAGAGGAGAUGUUCCAAGUGGAUUGUGCCUAUACUGUACUUCAUAAAAGUCAGGAAUUCCCCAAGGAAAGGAUUGUAAUUUAAAACUUAGUUUCAGUUCAGAUUUACUUACAUUUUGAAAGGUAAUUUUGUAUAUUAUGCUUUCAAUUGACCAAGCUUCUUUGUGGAGUUUCCCCCCCCUUCUCUUCCUUUUUUUUUUCAUUAGACCUGACACUCAGAUUUAACAAAAAUAAAAAUGCAACUUCCUUUAUGAAAAGGGGACUCAGUGUUGUGAACACAGAACUGGUAUAAAAGCUGCUUUUGUAUUCAGUGUGAGAUGGUGUUUACAGAUGAUUUUGACAACAGUGGAAGUAUAUUAAAUAGUGUCUGUGUAUCUGAGCUAUUUAAUUUUGUGUUAUGUUUAUAUGAAAAAAAUAUUUAUACAUAAAAACCACCAAAAUGUUUUAUUUAAAUGUUGAUAAAUAUUGCUCUUCAGUCUUCAACUGUAAUGUCCUUUAAACGCAAAAUCAUAAAGGUGUUCUUGAGAAAUGAACACGGCUUUCAGGUCUGUGCAUCACUGAUUGUAGUAGGUUCCAUUUGUGAGCACGGAAGAGUUUCCCCCGUUUAUUGCACUCCACCAACAUAGACUGGUCUUGGCAGGGCUGGAGGUGAGGAUAGCUGCAGCUGCCAUGUACACCCAAAGUUGUAUAGGGGAAAGCUCCUUUGAGCUGCAUGAGGGGUGGGGACAAAACAGGUUGGAAAGCAGCAACUACUAUCAGACUCUAAGCGGUGGAGAACUUCCAGGAAGGAACUCUAAAGGAUGGGUGUGUUCUUGCUUUUCCUAAGGAACCAAGUGAUUAGGACUGCAGGCAUGCUUAGGGGUGUGGUGACACAUUGCUUUAGAGGCCAGGACCACAAGGUGCUGAAUUAAGAUACCUUGGAUACCAUUGUGUAGAAAGGUGGGGCUGUAAAUUUAAACAACAAAUAAAUAAAAUAUAAAUGGGGCACCCCUGUGAACUUGAGUGAAUGUCAGAAUUGCACCCCAUACCAAAUGCCAGGUCUGCUUUUAUUUUUAAAAACUCACAUGCAACCCAAGUCACUUUAGAAGACCAUCACAUAUAAAGCUCUCAUACCAGGCUCAUCUAAAAAGCCAACAAUAUAUUCUACCCAAACAAAUAUAACAGGGACAUGAUUAUUAUUAUUUUUAAGGGUGGAAUUCAGAGCAGAGAAGCAUUGUGUGAAGAUGGGGCUACAAAUACCGUAAUUUCCUAAGCAAUCCCUUCCUGGUAGGUUUGCAAACUUGCCCGUUCCCUUGGAACAGUGGACAAAACGAGAGGCAUGGAUUUCACAGAAUCAUAGAACUGGACAGUUGAAAUGGAUUCUGAGGAUCAUCUAGUCCAACCCCCUGCAAUGUGGAAAUCUUUUGGCCGAAUGUGGGGCUCGACCCCCCCCCCCAAACCCUGAAUCUUAAGAAGCUCAUGCUCCACCUGCUGAGCCAUCUCAGUCAAUCCACAUAUAGGCUAGUGUUAAAGAUGGAAAACAGAAAAAGCAAAUACCUUGGAAGAUGGCAGACAAUGCCCCAAUGACCAUUAGAAUGAUCUGUUUUUAACAAGUGAGUGGGCAUACGGCAAUGGACUGAGGGGCAUUUUGCCUCCUGGCCCUAUGAGUGCAAGACCUCAGUGGGAACAGGAACCUGACAGCAAAGAGUGCUUCCUCCCUCUGUAAGUUCUUGCAGCUCGUUAGGAAGAUCUGACAUUGUCUCUUGAGUUACUUAUUAAGAACAGAAAGACAUUUCAUUGCUCAAGUUGACCUUACAACUAUUGUUUGAUCAUAUAUAUAUACAGUAUAUUCAUACAUAUAUAUUGUCAUAUCAUUCUCUUUUGCUAUUUAGGGUAAAUACAAUUUCCUCUAUGAGAUGUGAGGAAGCCAGACUACAACAAGGAGGCUAUCUUGCAUAUUGCUGAUUUAUUGAUGAGAGAGUAUUUUUUUAAAAAAAUCAAACGUUUGCAUUUUUUGCAAAAAAACCAAACAAACCCAAUUUGUCGCCACUGUUUACACAAAAGAAGCAAACAUGCGGGGAUUGUUUUCAGAGAAAUAAAAUUAAAUAAAUCUGAUGUUUGAUGUGUGAAGAUGUCUUUAACUAUCCUUUAUAAUUGUAGUGCAACUAUAAAAUGUUCAACACCUUCUUGAUGGAACAGUGCAAUUUUAAGGGUAGGGUUGUGGUUGAUUUUAUUGUGUGAGCCCAAGUGUGCUUUGGUCAGUAAGAAUUUAACAGCCUAGUCCAUUAUCAUGUAGGUAUGCUCAGUUCCACAGCUACUUUCAUACCAGGAGGGACUCGGCAUGCACCAUCCCCUACCAGAAAUAGAAUUUCACGAGUGCCUUAAUCAACAGGGUCUGGCUCAAACAAACAAACAAACAAACAAAGCUAUACCUCUGAGCAACUUAAGAGCUGCAUCCUAAUGCUAAUACAGAUUGGAAGUGUUCUUUUGAGCAAUUGACUGUAUAAAAAGAGCAUCCCAUGAUAGCUAAAUUUUAGUUCCUUCCCUCUAGACCAGGCAUUCCCAAACUUCGGCCCUCCAGAUGUUUUGGACUACAAUUCCCAUCUUCCCUGACCACUGGUCCUGUUAGCUAGGGAUCAUGGGAGUUGUAGGCCAAAACAUCUGGAGGGCCGCAGUUUGGGGAUGCCUGCUCUAGACCUUCAUUGCACUCUGUUAACUAGUGAUAGUGCUGGUGUAAAAUGACCUCAACAGUCAAUAAAAAUUGCUUGUACAAAAUCUACACUGAUACCUUGAUGUCGUCUCCCACCAGGCAAGAGUAUCCCAAGGAGCCUUAAGGUGGCUGAUGCUGGUAUUGUGGAUCAGGGUGCAAAGAAGUGCAUGCAUAUAGGAAUAUAUAGCACCUUCGGUUCCAUCUACAUGUAUAAAAAACACACCUGAGUGUAUGCAUGUAUGAAAUUGGCUUGCUCUUCAAAGAGUAGCAGCCCCUAGGUAGUAGAUGGCAGUUGGGGCACAAACAUUCUGUCAUAGACACAACUGUGUAGGGCAGGAAUGGUAAACCCUUUCGAGGCCACAGGUGAAUAUGGGUGUGGCCAAUUUUAAAUUUUCUUUUUAAAAAGGACAAAUGUGGGUGGGGAGGGAAUUCAGCAUCAUAGAAUUGCAGUCGGAGUGGUAAGUGAUUUUUUUAAAAAAAGACGAGAAAAUUGGGGGAAGUUUGAGUAGGUGACAGAAAGCGGCAGGGUACCUAUGGGAACAGCCAGUAAAAAACAAACACAAAUAAAACAAAAAAAAUUAAGAUUAAAAAAGGGGGGAGCAUUGGCAUUGUCCAACAAACCACUCAAACCUGUUGUGUGCAGUGCCACCAUCUACCCCUUUGCUUAAAGAAGCAACAUUGAAUAGUACUGCUGUAUCAUUUGCUUUAUCUGUUCUAAACAAGGAGCAGAGAGGGAAAUAUAUAGCCAUCAAGUUAUGGCCAGUUCAAAAUAGCGCCAGUUGGUUUUAUGAGAUUAUUGACAUUUUCUGCAUUGCUUGGCUGUUUUGAGAAGAACUCGCUGCAGGAAUAACAGUUGACCUGUAGUGAAUACUUAUUGAAUUUUUUUUUUAUUAUUAUUUUUGGGUGGAGAGAGGAGAAUAAUGUACUUCAAAACACUGCAGCUUUAUUUUUGUUGCUAGCCUGGAAUGAGAAAGUGGUGUAGCAGUUGUCCACCGUGCAACAAAAUAGACCUUUGAGGUUUCCUGAACAGCUCUCUGUAAGCGACACUUCAUAUCCA